UCCGGUCUCAUUUGAGGGGUGCUGUUCCGUGAAAUAUUGCCAAUCUCUCGUGCUCUCUCCGACCAUCCGGGCGGUGGUGGAACGCACACCUGACACGCUGUUGCGAAUCAACACACUGGCGGACAUCGGGCACAUUGGUGGACUGGAACCACUGAGCUCCGACAUGGUCCCGAGACUCAGCAGCGGAGCCUUACUCACAGUCUUGUUGUGUUUGUGUGAAGGUGAAGCCUCUGCUGAGUCAGGGCUCAGAGAGGACGGAGACCCCGCCUCUGUACGACCUGGGACCAGAGCUCUGAGAUCUAAGCUGCAUCCCGAACCACUUGGACCUGGACCUGGACCUGGACCCAGCUGUGUGUCUCUGAAGAGUUAUUUGUCAAUGGGGACAAGGAUUGACUUCAGAGGAGGAGCAGAGUCUUCAGGUCUGAGGGUUGCGGGGAGUGCUGGAGCCUAUCCCAGCAGUCAUGGGCGAGAGGCGGGAAUACACCCAACUUGUGUGAGAAAAAUAACACAUCUUGGAAGUAGGGUCCGUCAGGAGGAACCAGAAGAGUGUGGACUCUGCUGGGACUCUCUGAAGAGUGACUCCUCCAAGGAGUGGGGUAUUAACUUCCAAGCUGGACCGGAGUCAUCAGAGAGAGUGGAUCAUCAAAGCACAGAGCUUCUCAGUGGUCAGCAAUAUCUCUCACAUCUGGACUCCACACGGCAGUUGCUGGUGGUGAAAGUCCUUUGCAGUGAGAGCAGAGUAAGACGUGCUGCAGAGUGCGCCGGACAACUGAAGAGGAGCCUGCAGAAGAAGUUCCACAGAGUGUUUGAGGGAGUUGCUGAAGCAGGAACCUCUGCCCCUCUGAAUCAGAUCUACACAGAGCUCUACAUCACUGAGGGGGGCACAGACCAGGUCAACCAGGAGCACGAGGUCCGCCAGAUCGAAGUAGCAACCAGGAAGCAGACCAGACCAGAAAAUACCAUCAGACUAGAAGACCUCUUUCAACGUUCACAUGACACAGACAGUCCAAUCAGGAGCCUGCUGACAAAAGGCGUGGCUGGCAUUGGGAAGACCCUCCUGACACAGAAGCUGACUCUGGACUGGGCUGAAGACAAAGCACACCAGAACUUCCAGCUCAUGUUUCCUUUCACCUUCAGAGAGCUGAACCUGCUGAAAGAGAAGCAGUUGAGUUUGGUGGAACUUGUUCAUCUCUUCUUUCCUGAAACCAAAGAAACAGGACUCAGCAGCUUUGAAGGAGUCCAGGUUCUGUUCAUCUUGGACGGUCUGGACGAGUGUCGACUCCCUCUGGACUUCAACAGUCGGGUCCUGACAGAAGCUACAGAGUCCACCUCAGUAAACGUCCUGCUGACCAACCUCAUCAGGGGGAAGCUGCUGCCCUCAGCUCACCUCUGGAUGACCACACGACCUGCUGCAGUCAAUCAGAUCCCUCCUGAGUGUGUGGACAUGGUGACAGAGGUCAGGGGGUUCACUGACCUCCAGAAGGAGGAGUACUUCAGGAAGAGGUUCAGAGAUGAGGAGCAGACCACCAUCAUCUCUCACAUCAGGAGCUCACGAAGCCUCUACAUCAUGUGUCACAUCCCCAUCUUCUGCUGGAUCACUGCCACAGUUCUGGAGGACAUGUUGAAGAGCAGAGAGACCAGAGAGCUGCCCAAGACCCUGACUGAGAUGUACAUCCACUUCCUGGUGGUUCAGUCCAAAGUGAGAAAGCUCAAGUACCAUGGAGGAGCUGGGACAGACAGCGUUUGGGAUCCUGAGAGCAGGAAGAUGAUGGAGUGUCUGGGAAAACUGGCUUUUGAGCAGUUGCAGAAAGGAAACUUGAUCUUCUAUGAAUCAGACCUCACCGAGUGUGGCAUCGACAUCACAGCUGCUUCAGUUUAUUCAGGAGUGUUGACUCAGAUCUUUAAAGAGGAGAGAGGACUGUACCAGGACAAGGUCUUCUGCUUCAUCCACCUGAGUCUCCAGGAGUUUCUGGCUGCUCUUCAUGUCCACCUGAAGUUCUUCAACUCUGGAGUGAACCUACUGCAUUCACAGCAAACAAACAGAAAAAGGAACAAACAUCACAUCAAACAGUUCUACCAGACAGCAACACGUGUUGCUUUACAAAGCCCAAACGGACAUCUGGACUUGUUCCUGCGUUUCCUUCUGGGUCUUUCUCUGCAGUCCAGCCAGAGACUCCUUCCAGGUUUGUUGACCCUGACAGGAAGUUGCUUCUGGACCCACCAGGACACAGCAGAGCUCAUCAAGGAGAAAAUAAGGGAGAAAGUGUCUCCAGAGAGAAUCAUCAAUCUGUUCCACUGUCUGAGUGAAGUAAAGGACACUUCUCUGAUGGAGGAGGUCCAACAGCAGCUGAGAUCAGGACGUCUCUCCACAGAUCAACUGUCUCCUGCUCAAUGGUCCACCCUGGCCUUCAUCUUACUGUCCUCAGAGGAAGAUCUGAGUGUGUUUAACCUGAAGAAUUACUUUACUCCAGAGAAUGAUCCACGCGCGUAUGUCCUGAAGAAAUACCCUCUGUCAGAAGAGGCUCUUGAGAGGCUGCUGCCAGUGGUCCAAGCUUCAAAACACGUUCUACUGAGCCGGUGUGGACUGUCAGAGAGAAGUGGUUCCCUUCUGUCCUCAGUCCUCAGCUCUCCGUCCUCUAGUCUGACUCAACUGGACCUGAGCUACAACAAGAACCUGAAGGAUUCAGGAGUGGAGCUGCUGUCUGCUGGACUGAAGAGUCCACACUGUCACCUGGAGACUCUCAGCCUGAGCUACUGUGGACUGUCAGAGAGAAGUGGUUCCCUUCUGUCCUCAGUCCUCAGCUCUCCGUCCUCUAGUCUGACUCAACUGGACCUGAGUCAGAACUACACUCUGAAGGAUCCAGGAGUGGAGCUGCUGUCUGUUGGACUGAAGAGUCCACACUGUCACCUGAAGACUCUCAGCUUGAACUUCUGUCGACUGUCAAAGAGAAGUGGUUCCCUUCUGUCCUCGGUCCUCAGCUCUCCAUCCUCUAGUCUGACUCAACUGGAUCUGAGCUUUAACUGCGACCUGAAGGAUCCAGGAGUGGAGCUGCUGUCUGCUGGACUGAAGAGUCCACACUGUCACCUGGAGACUCUCAGCCUGAGCUACUGUGGACUGUCACAGAGAAGUGGUUCCCUUCUGUCCUCAGUCCUCAGCUCUCCGUCCUCUAGUCUGACUCAACUGGACUUGAGCUCCAACUACACCCUGAAGGAUCCAGGAGUGGAGCUGCUGUCUGCUGGACUAAAGAGUCCACGCUGUCACCUGGAGACUCUCAGCCUGAGCUACUGUGGACUGUCAGAGAGAAGUGGUUCCCUUCUGUCCUCAGUCCUCAGCUCUCCGUCCUCUACUCUGACUCAACUGGAUCUGAGCUGGAAUGACGACCUGAAGGAUUCAGGAGUGGAGCUGCUGUCUGCUGGACUGAAGAGUCCACACUGUCACCUGGAGACUCUCAGCCUGAGAGGGUGUGAUCUGUCAGAGAGAAGUGGUUCCCUUCUGUCCUCAGUCCUCAGCUCUCCGUCCUCUAGUCUGACUCAACUGGACCUGAGCUCCAACGACACCCUGAAGGAUCCAGGAGUGGAGCUGCUGUCUGCUGGACUGAAGAGUCCUGACUGUCACCUGGAGACUCUCAGGCUGAGCUGCUGUGGACUGUCAGAGAGAAGUGGUUCCCAUCUGUCCUCAGUCCUCAGCUCUCCAUUCUUCAGUGUGAGACACCUGGACCUGAGCUGGAACGACGACCUGAAGGAUCCAGGAGUGGAGCUGCUGUCUGCUGGACUGAAGAGUCCACGCUGUCACCUGGAGACUCUCAGUCUGUCAGAGUGUAGGAUCUCAGAGAGAGGCUGUGCUUAUCUGGCCUCAGCUCUGACCUCUAACCCCUCCCACCUGAGAGAGCUGAACUUGAACCGCAAUAAUCCAGGAGGACCAGGACUGAAGCUGCUGUCUGCUGGACUGCAGAGUCCAGACUGGAGGCUGGAGACUCUCAGGGUGGACGACUGUGGACCCCAGUGGUUAUAGAUCUGACUUGAAGAAAUGUGAGUGUUUGAGUGAUCUAUGAGAACUCCUCGACUCUGUCAGCUUCUGGUGGAGCAGCAGAACCUUGAAUCUGCUGCUGGAACUCAAGUCCAGGUCACUGUCCAGAACACUGCUCACCAACAAGGUGUUCAGCAGAAGCUGGUUGUCCAGCAGCAAAGUUAGGAGCCUCUGUGCAGAAGUAGAAGCAGCACUGUUGACUUCCCUCUUCAAAUAUGGAGUCAUUCACUCUCUUCGGUCUUUGUCUCCAUAGACACAUGAGUUUGAAAGACUGUCACCUUCUCACUGGAGUCUGAAGACCUCAGUGUUCUUCCAUCAUCAUCACCACGCCCUUCUUUUGUUUCUAUGGCAGUCACUCUGAGAAGAGACAGAGGGAAAGAAGAGGAGUCGAGUUUGGACAGAAGCUUCUUCCUGGACUCUGAGCAAUGGAAAAUGUGUGAAAUGAAAUCAAAUAAUAAUAAUUUGCUUUUACUUUGUAAAUGUUUUUUUUUCCCCAUGCACUUUGAGUUUUGAGCUUUGAGUUUUUGAGUGAGUUUUUCUGAUUGAUCGCCUUGGUUUUUCAGUGCAUCUGUGCCUGCUAUUCAUUGUUCCUCUCCCCAAUCCUGUGGACUAUAUUCUGCACCUUGGGCAGUGUUUUUUCUGUCCAUUUGUGCUUUUGGACUCUUGUUUUAUUCUCCUGGAUUGUUUUAUUUUAUUUAUUGGACUCUGUCUCCCUCUUGAGCAGAGGUCGAGUUUUCGUUUCUGUUUCACCGUCUUUACUAUUUUAGCUCUUUAGUUAACUUGUCUCCUUUUCUUCUUGAGUUAAAUUCUGUUUGUUUUGUUCUUAAAAUUUGUUGGAAUUUCUUUUUUACAUUCAUCUCCUCCGUGCUGUAUGUGGGUCUCUCAUCUUAAGCGCGAUCCUGCGAAAAGAAACUUAAGGAAAAUGCUCUUCCGUAUUGUGUUGCAGUGCCUCGCUGUAUACCCUUUCUACUUUUACCACAAGUUGAAGAGGAGUUGAAGGACAACCACACUGCCGGUGGAGGAUGACGGAGGAUUAAACGAAGAUGUACAAGCAUAUGUGGACCGCUAUUGAGGAUCAUUGCAAUGAACACAAGCCAGCUGGUGAAUGGCUGGAGAAAAUGAACCUCAGCAGUGGGACAAGCAAGUGACUCAUUGGCAAGAUUUGGAAUUCACCACCAGUAUGAGUGGCAGUGGCCCGACCGAAGCUGUGUAGAAACUGAGACUGUCCUCACUCUGUCAUAAUAAAUUUAAAAAAAACUUCAGUUCCAUGAAUACAUAUGACACCCUC